AUGGACAAACGUGACGCUGAACCACCGACUUCGCUACAGGCGCAGUACCAUCGUCUACAUCCAUCACCUAGUAGCGCAACAGACACUUCGACUGAACGUACGAGCUUUAAUCCAUCCAAGUAUUUUCAUCGGAAUCAAACGGUUGAGGUGCUUUCGCGUCAACCAGGACGUUCCUCAGACUUGCAUAUUGAACGACCUCAUUCGGAGCUAUUUCGUACACUUACAUCAAGUCAAUUACUUUCUAUUCGUCAGCAACUUCUUGAUGACAAUGCAAGGAAUAUACCCACACAUGGUGAGGUACUUACCCGUCAAGGUACAGCAAGUUCGUUUGUAGCAGCCGGAAAUGAUGGAUAUUUUCGUCGUUUUCAACGUAAUUUACCUCGUUCAUUGCGUUUUCGACAAAAUACACGCUCAACAACUCGUUAUAUUGAUCCUGCUAAUGCCACGUCAUUACGAUCGCGUGUUAGAGCACGAAGAGAAGAGGAACAAGCUCGAAACGAGCGAUUAGUGGAUCAAGGCUCUCCACUUCCAAGUCCACGUGAGUUAACCGAUUUUGAAAAAGAAAUGGCAAAUAUUCAAGCGAACUCACAUCCUCUAAAGACUGGAAUAGCUUCAACACCUAAGAACAAUCACAAAUUACUCGAUCGAAUGAGUAGUUUAAUGUCAACUGAUUCACAAGGAAUGCCGUCAGGAUCUCAGAAACGGUACAAGAUCAUUAAACUUAAUGAUGGAAGCAAUGCACCAAAGCGCGAAGUAUCAGAAGACGAUGAAAAUGAACAUGAAGAAGAUGGAGAAGAGUUUUUUGUUUCAAAUGAAGUGACGACAUCUCAAUAUACAUGGUGGAGUUUUGUUCCUGUGUUUCUCUACUUGACGUUUCAAAAAACAGCGAAUUUAUAUUUUUUACUCAUUGGAAUCUUUCAAAUUAUUCCAUCCAUGUCACCAACGAAUGGAGUUCCACUUCAAUUUAUGCCUUUAGCAAUUGUGAUCAUUAUUGACGCCAUCUUUGCUGGUUAUGAAGAUCAUAAACGACACAAAGCUGAUGAUCUUGCUAAUUCAGCUAAAACGCGUGUAUUUAAUCGUCAAUUAUGUGAAUUUGAACAAGUUGAGUGGCGAGAACUGAAAGUUGGUGACUUUAUUAAAGUCGCGAAUCAUGAAAUUCUUCCUGCUGAUAUUAUGAUUCUUGCUGUCAUUCCAGCUGAAGGAUCACGUUCAGGUGGAAAUAUGGGCGUUUGUUAUGUCGAGACGAAAAAUCUGGAUGGGGAGACAAAUCUUAAGUUGCGCGAAGCACCGUCAUUGACACGAAAUAUGUUUAUGAAUGAGAAUGAAGCGGGGUACAUUCUUCAGGGGUACGUUGAAAGUGAACUUCCAAAUGGUGAUAUUAAUACGUACUCGGGUACAUUAUACGUUGACGAGAACCCAAAUGGUGAAGGUGUACCACUUACAUUAAAGAAUAUGCUACUUCGGGGUAGUAAAUUACGUAAUACCAGUUUUGUGUAUGGUAUGGUGGUAAAUACUGGUAUUGAUACGAAAAUCAUGAUGAGUUCUGGAGAUGAAUUUCCAGUAAAAAUUUCUUCAAUUGAUGAAAUGACAAAUCGUCAAGUGAUUGUUGUGGUUGUGAUUUUGAUUCUUAUGUCAUUAAUUGGAGCAAUUGGUGAUCGUAUUUGGAUGGAGGAUUUAAUUCUGCCAUUGUAUCUUCAUUUAGAAGAUUAUGACGAUAGUUUAAUCGAGACAUUUGUUUAUUUCUUUACAACAUUAGCAUCGAUGGUUCCAAUUACAUUAUAUGUUUCAAUUACGCUUGUUAAAGCAUUACAAGGAUAUUUUAUGGAAGUUGAUCUUGAGAUGUAUGAUAAAGAAAGUGGAACACCCAUGAAAGUUCGAAAUAUGCAAUUAAAUGAACAAUUGGGAGAGAUUUCGCACAUUUUUUCGGAUAAAACAGGAACGUUAACAUGUAAUAAGAUGGAAUUUCGUAAAUGUAGCAUUGGAGGUCGAAGUUAUGGAAAAGGGACAACGGCUAUUGGUCUUGCUGCUCGUAUGCGAAAGGAUUUUCAAGGUGAUCGAACUAUUGAUGACGAGUUGGAAGAAGAAAAUGUUGAUGAAAUUCAACCACCAAAUGUCAAUUUUCGAGAUCAAAGUUUAUGGGUUGAUCUUGAAAAUAAAAAACAUGGUCAAAGUCACAAGAUUGAAGAAUUUAUGACACUUCUUGCUUUAUGUCAUGGUGUGAUGCUCGAACGUGUAGAACCAACGGAUGAUGAUGUUAGUCCGUCUGGUGUCUACUCUGCGUCAUCUCCAGAUGAAUUAGCACUUGUAUGUGGUGCGAAAUACUUUGGAUAUGAAUUUAUUGAUCGUGAACCUGGUAGUGUUUCAAUUAAAAAACCGGAUGGAAUUGUGGAUCAGUAUGAUAUUCUUGAAGUGUUUGAAUUUGAUUCGAAUCGAAAACGGAUGUCUGUUGUAGUUCAACGACGUCAACGAGAUGAUGAACUUCGUCAUAUGUCGGAAAGUAUGGAAGAUGAUGUGUUACUUUUAACGAAAGGAGCUGAUAGUAUGUUGUUUCCUCGUCUUGCUCCAAUGUCGACAAACAAUGUUGCGAUUCGACAAAGUACUGAAAAACAUCUUGAAACAUUUGCACAAGAUGGACUUCGUACACUUGUUGUAUGUUCUAAACGAAUGCGACCACAAGUAUGGGAAGAUUUUCAUAUUCAAUAUCGUCAAGUUUGUGCAAAUUUAAGUGAAGUAGAAGCUAAAUCACGUGGUGAACCAAAUCGUAUUGAUACUUUAGAAGAUCAAAUGGAAUCGGAAUUGGAAUUAUUAGGUGCAACUGCUAUUGAAGAUCGAUUACAAGAUGGUGUACCAGAAGCAAUGGAAGCACUUGCAAAAGCUGGUAUUUCGAUUUGGGUACUUACUGGAGAUAUGGAAGAGACUGCUAUUAACAUUGGAUAUGCAUGUCGAUUACUUCAUAAUGAUAUGGAACGUCAUGUGAUCAAUGCUGGAAAAUAUCGUACAAAAGGAUCUAUUUUACGAAAACUUGACAAGAUCUUUCAUUCGAUAUAUGAUGCAUCUGAGAAUAUUUCCAAUGUUUCAACUAUUGCACCAUCAGCUUUGUCUUCAUCAUCUCAACAAGUGGAACAUGCUUUAGUUAUUGAUGGUGCAUCAUUAACUAAAAUUUUAGAAGAUUCUUUACAUAAUCUUCAUCUUUUACGUGUUUCACUUCUUUGUAAAGUUGUUAUUGCUUGUCGUGUCUCUCCACAACAAAAAGCACAACUUGUGGAAUUGGUGAAAUUAAAUGUUCCAGAAUCACAUACACUUUCAAUUGGUGAUGGAGCUAAUGAUGUACCAAUGAUUCAAAGUGCUCAUAUUGGUGUUGGAAUUAGUGGACAAGAAGGUUUACAAGCAGUAAAUAGUUCCGAUUAUGCAUUGGCACAAUUUCGAUUCUUACGUCAAUUGAUUUUGGUUCAUGGACGAUGGAAUUAUAAUCGAAUUGCUGCACUUGUGGUCUAUACUUUCUAUAAAAAUAUUGUUUACAAUGUCUCCAUGUUUUGGUAUACUUUGUGGCCUACAGCAUAUUCUGGUACUAUGAUUUAUUCAGCAUUGAUCCAACAAGUGUUUAAUCUCAUUUUUACUGCUUUACCUAUUGUCAUUCUUUCAGCAUAUGAUCAAGAUGUUCCAAAGAAAACAGUGUUGAAAUUUCCAGCUUUAUAUCAUCCACAAGUACGUCAAAGUAGUUACUUUUCCUAUCAAAUGUUUUGGAAAUGGAUUUUUCUUGGAAUUCUUGAUUCUCUUGGAGUUUAUUAUGCGAUUUUAGCUGCUGGAUGGAAUAUUGAACGUGGUGGGAAUUCAAUUGAGUAUCUUUCAUUAGGUACAUUGGGAUGGACAAUUCUUUGUCUUGUUGUAAAUGCUCGAUUUUGUUUAUUAGUAAAUUCAUGGGAAAUCUUAGAAUUUUCAAGUAUGGCGAUAACAAUCUUUUCGAUUUAUUCAAUACAAUAUGUUGUUGAUAUUAUUGAUUGGUCAUAUGAUACCGAUUCAUUACCAUGGCAAUUUGGUCGUGUACAAUUUUGGCUUGGUCAAAUUAUUGCAAUUGUUGCAAUUUUAUUGAAAGAUUUCUUGUAUGAAGGUAUUCGACGUCGCUUUAGACCAGAAUAUAUUGAUUUGGUUAAAGAAACACUUGAUUCUCCAACAUCAAUCGCACAUGAUGAAUUAGCUGAAUUGAAACCACCUCAAGUAAAUUAUUUGAAUCCUGAAUUGGCUCAAAUGAUUGAUUAUCAAGAUCGUCGGGUUCAUGAAACUAAUUCCGAUCCAUCUACAAUUCCUGGAAGAUCGAAACAUUACACUGGAUUUGCCUUUGAUCAACCUGCGAAUCUUGUGAAUCGAAUUUUAAUGGGUACAAACAAUAAUGGUCGAAAAAACAAUCAACAGGACAUUCGACAAACAAUUUUAAAUUCCGAUGAUCCGAUUUUCUUUGAAAAUCAACGGUAUCAACCAUUUUGUGGUUAUGGUAGUUCUUUUCCAGGUUAUUUACUUCCAACAGAUCGUAAACGUUGGAGUGAUCGAUCUGGUAAAUUAAGUGCUCAAACUAUUCCUUUAGCUGGUCUCGAACUCAAUCUUAAUGUACCAGGAUGUGAUGCUGAUGGAUGGGUGUAUGAAAAUGAUUUCGCUUUCUUUCCAUCAGCACCUUCAAAUGAGAAUGAAGAAGAUGAUGAAGAAGAUCAAGAACCUCGAAUUAGCGAAGCACGAAGCAGUAUUAGUGCUUUUCGAGCAUCAAGAAAGAAGAAUAAAAAGAAAAAAAGUAAAAAACCACGACCACACCAUGGACUUGUACGUCGUCGCGAAUGGAUACUCUCGGAAGAGUACAAGACUCAAGAAGCUGCUCGAAAAGAAGAGGAAACACGUCGUCUUCGAGAGUCGAAUCUUAGCAUACAUUCGGGUGAUGGAGAUGAAAAUCAUCUUCGACACUCGACACAAUCGUCGACAUGA